UAAAAGCAUGUUCAUCAGUUUAUUACUCCAUUGAUUGAGCAGCCGGCGGCGGCGAUCUUUGCUUAAACCCUAAUCUCAGACGCUGCCUUUGAGAGAGGAGAGGGGGGAGAUCUUCUUCUUCGCUUACGGCGGGUGCAGUCUGGCAACUUCUCUGCAACAGACAAUAUGGCCUCAGCAUUCGGGAGCACCUCAGCAUGUGGCAUCAAGAUCACUCCUACCGCUUUUGCCACCAAGAAACAUCUUUGCCUGGUUCCACCCCCAGUCGUUUCACUUCCCCGGAAAAAUAGGCCUCAGAGGAAGUGUAAUUUCAGAGUAAAUGCUGCCAAAGAGUUAUAUUUCAACAAGGAUGGGUUGGCUAUCAAGAAGCUGCAAAAUGGAGUCAAUAAGCUUGCUGAUCUCGUUGGAGUCACCCUUGGUCCAAAAGGACGGAAUGUUGUCCUUGAGAGCAAGUAUGGAUCACCUAAAAUUGUCAAUGAUGGUGUUACCGUUGCAAAGGAGGUUGAGCUGGAGGACCCUGUUGAAAAUAUUGGAGCCAAAUUAGUCCGGCAAGCUGCAGCCAAGACAAAUGAUUUGGCUGGUGAUGGGACAACGACUUCUGUUGUCCUUGCUCAAGGGAUGAUCACAGAGGGUGUUAAGGUUGUGGCUGCUGGUGCUAAUCCAGUACAGAUUACCCGUGGUAUAGAGAAAACGGCCAAAGCACUUGUGAGUGAACUCCAAAAAAUGUCCAAGGAGGUUGAAGACAGCGAACUUGCUGAUGUUGCUGCGGUAAGUGCUGGAAAUAACUACGAAAUUGGCAACAUGAUAGCUGAAGCUAUGAACAAGGUUGGACGACAGGGGGUGGUCACACUUGAAGAAGGAAAGAGUGCUGAAAAUAAUCUCUAUGUUGUUGAGGGAAUGCAAUUUGAUCGCGGCUAUAUUUCUCCCUACUUUGUAACUGACAGUGAAAAAAUGUCAGUGGAGUAUGAGAAUUGCAAGUUGCUCCUUGUGGACAAGAAAAUCAACAAUGCCAGAGAUCUUAUAACAAUUCUGGAGGAUGCUAUUAGGGGUGGGUACCCAAUCCUAAUAGUUACGGAGGAUAUUGAGCAGGAAGCUCUUGCAACUCUUGUGGUCAACAGGCUUAGGGGUGCAUUGAAGAUUGCUGCUAUUAAAGCUCCUGGUUUUGGAGAACGCAAGAGUCAAUACCUUGAUGAUAUUGCUACUCUUACUGGAGGUACUGUCAUCAGGGAAGAAGUUGGCUUGUCCCUAGACAAAGCUGAUAGAGAUGUUCUAGGAACGGCCGCCAAGGUUGUAGUUACCAAGGAUUCAACAACAAUAGUUGGGGAUGGUACUACCCAGGACGAAGUAAACAAAAGGGUGACACAAAUCAAGAACCAGAUUGAGGUUGCUGAACAGGAAUAUGAGAAAGAAAAACUGAAUGAGAGAAUAGCUAAGCUCUCUGGUGGUGUUGCUGUCAUCCAGGUAGGAGCACAGACAGAAACUGAGCUUAAGGAAAAGAAACUGAGGGUUGAAGAUGCACUGAAUGCAACCAAGGCGGCUGUUGAGGAAGGUAUUGUUGUUGGAGGUGGCUGUACGCUUUUGCGGCUUGCAUCAAAAGUUGAUGCCAUUAUAGAAACACUUGAGAAUGAUGAACAGAAGGUUGGGGCUGAAAUCGUAAGGAAGUCCUUGAGUUACCCACUUAAAUUAAUAGCAAAAAAUGCUGGUGUUAACGGCAGUGUUGUUACUGAGAAGGUCCUUGCCAAUGAUAACUUCAGGUAUGGUUACAAUGCCGCUACAGGAAAAUAUGAGGAUUUGAUGGCUGCUGGUAUUAUUGAUCCCACCAAGGUGGUGAGAUGUUGCUUGGAGCAUGCUGCGUCGGUGGCGAAAACAUUCAUCACAUCAGAUGCUGUUGUGGUGGACAUCAAGGAGCCUGAGAAAGCAGCUGCUGCUGGGAACCCAAUGGGUGGAUCAGGUUUUGGAUUUUAGUUUAGAAGAAGAGGAGUACCCUUUUUGGCAGUUGGCAACCAUUUUUACACUGGAGGCAGGCAGAAUUUCACAGUUGCAUCUGAGACGUUUUUUCUUUUCCUGUGUGUAAUUGUUGCGUACGUCAAUGUGGCAGAUGAGAGGAGUAGUAGGUUAUGAAUGGCCAGCAUUAUGACAGUUUAUUGUUGCUCGACCUUACAGAAGAGCUGAAACAGUGCAACAUAAUGUUUUUAAGGUUGAGAAUUAUGCAAGCUGAAGUAGUUGGUAAUAACCGGGAGAGGAUUGUGUUGUCGUUGGAGUAGAUGAUGAUUUUACUAGCUAGUUAGAUCGAGUUACAAACAUAUAAUUAAUUAAUUAAGGGGGCAUUGGCAGAUUACAAUAAUAAA